AGUAAGAAUCAAUAUUGCGCUAGAAGAAAUAGUCUCAUCACCAAAGAUGAAUAGAAAGUAUCUGGGAGUUGUGUUGUUGCUCUUUGUACAUGCUGCCGACGCCCAGUUGGAGACUUUAAUUCCAAUAAUUGGCGGUUUGGCUGGUGGGUUAUUAAUGGGUUUUGGAGUAAAUGAAAUGAACAACAACAUUAAUGCCCCCGUGAUGAUGAUGCCAAUGAACGGAGGUUCUCCAUCCAUGAUGGUACCAAUGAGGCCGGUUGGAAUGCCUCAGACGGUAGCCAUGGUGUCACCUCUUUCGUCACCUCAAAUGGUUAACAUGAAUGGCAAUGGGAUGAUGAUGCCGAUGAAUGGAAUGAUGAUGCCAAUGACGACUGCAAACGGUGGCAUGAAAGGCAUGUCGUACAAUGGAAUGGUAAUGGUGAUGAAUGGCAACACUAUGAUGGGUGGAGGAAUGAUGAGUGGAAAUGGUGGCAUGAUGAUGAAUGGAAAUCGUAUGAUGAAUGGAGGAAAUGGUGGCAUGAUGAAUGGAGGAAAUGGUGGCAUGAUGAAUGGAGGAAAUGGUGGCAUGAUGAACGGAAAUCGUAUGAUGAAUGGAGGAAAUGGUGGAAUGAUGAAUGGCGGAAAUGGUGGAAUGAUGAUGAAUGGAGGAAAUGGUGGAAUGAUGAAUGGAGGAAACGGUGGCAUGAUGAACGGAAAUCGUAUGAUGAAUGGAGGAAAUCGUGACAUGAUGAAUGGAAAUGGCGGGAUGAUGAGUGGAAAUGGCGGGAUGAUGAGUGGAAAUAGACGCAUGAUGAUGCGGGACGACGAUUCCGACAGAGACAAUGGCGAUAGGAGUAGCAGGUCAUCAAGAAGAGGUGUACUAAUGCCCGUCACCAGUGUCGCUCGUAACCGACUCCCAGCUUAUAUAAUGAGGCGGAGGAGAUUAGUGUAAAAAGGAAUUCUUUCGAUUUGUUUUGUUUGUUUUCCUGCAUCCAGAAGUCGAAAAUGAUUGUGUUGUUCAAACUACAGUUGCCAACAUUGAUCAGGGACGUUUUUGUUUUUUUAUUUUUGUUACGAAGUUGUGAAUUUUACAUGUGUACAUAUGAAUAUUAUAUUUUUGUUAAAUAUAUAUUGUUAACCUUU